AUGACACUACAACAUUGGCAACACUGCCUUAUUAACAGCUCCAGGAACAUCAGCCCCUCGCCACAGUGCCAGCCCCUCGCCACAGUGCCAGCCCCUCGCCACAGUGCCAGCUCCUCGCCACAGUGCCAGCCCCUCGCCACAGUGCCAGCUCCUCGCCACAGUGCCAGCCCCUCGCCACAGUGCCAGCCCCGCCACAGCGCCAGCCCCGCCACAGUGCCAGCCUCGCCACAGCACCCAGCCCCCAGGCACAGCCCUCUGCCACAAUGCUGGCCCUCGCCACAGCACCAGCCCCUGCCACAGUACCCCAGCUCCCGCCAGCAGCACCAGCCCCUGCCAGCUGGCACCAGCCUCGCCACAGCACCAGCCCCUCGCCACAGCACCAGCCCUCUGCCACAGUACCAGCCCCUCGCCACAGCACCAGCCCUCGCCACAGUAACAGCCCCGCCAGCAGAGUGCUGGCCCCUUGCCACAGUACUCAGCCCUCGCCACACAGUGCUCAGCCUCCCCGCCAGCCAGCCCCUCGCCACAGCACCAGCCUCGCUGACAGUGGCCUCAGCCUCGCCACAGCAGCCAGCCCAGUGCCAGCCCUCGCCACAGUAA